UUUCAGUAUUAAUUUACUGCUGGUGUUAGAUUAAGACAGGCUAAUGAAUGUGUGAAAAUAUAACUUUAAGGAACUGGAAACUCGAUAACAUUGUGAAAAGUCUUGGGAGCAGUACAUAUCUCUACGUAGUGUUUUAGGAAAAUGUUUUCGAUUUUUAUCCUUUGUGCUUUGAUUGCAACAAUCGUUGGUGUGAGCAAUGAUGCGAACACAACUGUGGUCUCACCUGACCAUAAGCUAACCCAGGUACUUGCAUCCACAACUGUACUUGAAUCCAACACUACGAAUUUUGUGAAAUUCAUUCAAAAAACAGCCCAAGUCGACUCUACCUCAUUGAAAGAAAAUGAACCAGAUUUAACCCAAUCGAAAGGUUUGCUGUUUCAUAUAUUUACAACAGUCAGACCAGUAGUGAGACCAGUCAUAAUUAGAGUUGGCGACGUGUACAUUAAUAGCACUUUUAUACAAAAUAUGAAUACUAACAGUACAUUGACCAAUAAUACUAACAAUUAAAUCUUAUUUCCAUCAAU